AUGGAGGAAGGUUUUGGAGAUGGCCCCGCGACUAGCGGCAACCAGCGCGAGGACGAAGGUGCCGUUGGCGUCGACUCCCCCGCCCAAAACGAUCCUCGACUUCUUGCUACAGUGCAUCUCUCAGCCGACGCUGUUCCUGUAGCUGCGAAACCGGGCGACGACGCACCUCUUCAGGCCAACGCUUCUCACGUAGCACAAGAACCGUUCAUAUCAGCCCAAUCGCAAACCCCCCUCCGAAACCCGCCAAUCGACGACGCCCCUGCUGCGACAACUAGACACGCUUUACUAGAACCAGGAGUGACGGCGACUGAAUCAAAGGCGGAAGUCGAGCAAGAGGCAGAUCAUCAACGUGCGACGGUCCCUGUGACAGCUGCCUCUGAGCCUCAACAAGUGGGAGGUCACCAGCAGCAACAGCCGCCGCCACAGCGUUCAGCACCUGUCCCUCACUUCGUCGCCCCGUCGUCCUACCUGCGACCCGUCGCCAUCAAUCGCAGCGCCAUGGCUACGGCCGUUGCGCCGGAGCCUUCGCCUGCCCCAACGAUCCAUGACAUGGAACAGACUCAGGGUCUGCAAAAUAUCCGCGAGUUCCUCAAAGUUCGAUGCGGCUACGAUGUCUUUCCACUUUCCUUUCGACUCAUUGUUCUCGACCAUGAUUUGCUCAUCAAGAAGAGUCUCAAUAUCAUGAUCCAGAAUUCGAUUGUGUCUGCUCCUUUGUGGGACUCGCAAAAGUCAUGUUUCGCGGGCACGCUGACCGCGACUGACUAUAUCAACGUGAUUCAGUACUACUAUCAAUUUCCCAACGAAAUGUACAAGCUGGACCAGUUCCGCUUGAGCAGUCUACCAGAUAUUGAGAAGGCCAUUGGCGCGAGUCCCAUAGAGACCAUAUCCGUGAACCCCUUGAUGCCUCUGUUCGACGCCAUCAAACACAUGCUUAGCACUCGAGCUCGCCGCAUUCCUCUGAUUGACGUCGAUGAUGAGACUGGGAAAGGGUGGGUGGUUUCGGUGAUUACCCAGUACCGAAUUCUCAAGUUCAUCGCUGUUAAUAACGAGCACAACACCGUUCUCUUCAAGAAAACAGUUCGCGAACUCAAUAUGGGCACCUAUAAGAACAUUGCAACAACACGCAUGGAUAACAGCGUGCUGGACGUCAUCCAUCAAAUGGUCGCCCGCAACAUCAGCUGCGUUCCAGUGGUCGAUGACAAAGGCCGAGUCCUGAACGUCUUUGAGGCUGUCGAUAUCAUUCCGUGCAUCAAGGGCGGUUUGUACGAGGAGUUGAACGGGACAAUAGGCGAUGCCUUGUGCAAACGGCCGGAGGACAGCCCCGGGAUAUACACAUGCUCGGAACACGACCGUCUGCAGUCCAUUUUUGACACGAUCCGCAAGAGUCGUGUCCACAGGCUCAUUGUCGUAGAUGACGACAACAAGCUCAAGGGCGUCAUUUCGCUGUCGGAUAUUCUGACGUGGGUGAUACUUUCCGAAGAGGCGUAA